AUGGAAUCUGCAACUCAACUUUGUCUUGUAGUACUUUUUGUGACAACUUUUGUGAAUGAAGCACUCGGUGCUAAGGAUAAAGAGCUAUACUGUGGUGGUAAGUUUCAGAAAAUGUAUCCCUUUACCUUCUAGAUCAGAGCAUCAACUCUCCCAACUCAUGAGUAUAUGUUAACUUUUAGUUAGUUGUGAGAAUUGUUUGUUACAUCUUAGAGAUAUUUCGCAUGUUUAAUACACAUAAUUCACUUGGUAAAAUUUCCACACAGCCCCAUCCUACAUUAUGCAUUCAGUUCUUGAACAGAGAAAACAAUGAAAAAAACAAUACAUUUCCACUGGGAAAACAGAUUUGUUUUACAAUAGUUUUGGGCUGUGCGGAAACUUUACCAUUCACUUUACCUAUCUGCUUGACAGUGUGUUGUUAUGGUAAGGAGAAGUUUUGAAUUUAUCACUUCUUAAAGCAAGGCUCCUUGUCACUAAGAAUGCUGUGAUACAGAAAAUGUAGCUGAAAAGAUCUUACAUUAGUUUAAGUCUUUCUCUAAUUAUUGACAUGUACCUUAGUGUCUGCUGGCAAAGCAAAUUGUUAGGUUCCAAAUUUCUUAACCUUUAACUCCCAAGGCCUCAUUAGUAAUUCUCCUUACUGUCUGCCAUACAGUUCUUGUGAUCUUAGUUUGGAGAAUUUGGUAUUGGAUCAAAUAAUAAUCUCCUACUUAAUAUUUUUCUUUAUUCUCAUCACUUGUCUGCUUGAUAUUGUAUUGUUAUUAUAAGGAGAAAUUCUGUCUUGGUCACUCAUGGGAGUUAAAGGGUUACAGGUACUUUUAUUUAAGAGGAUUAAAUGACAUAUUGUUAUCAACAUUUCUUCUGAUAGUAUGCCAUGUCAUUGCGGAUGAGCUUCAGUGGGAAAUUUCUCAAGUUGAUCCCAGAAAGACUUUAGAGGUAGGGUUUUGAAUCAUUUUCUAAAAAAUGAAGCUAAAGGGUAUUUAUUUUAUUUUUAAGAAUGAUAAAUUUCAACCCAUAUGCAUGCAGACACAUGAUAUUACUGCCAUCUUUUUGGAAUUAUGGUUGAAUACACUGUAUAUGAGAAACUGUUUACAGUCCCUGGCAUGUUUUUUGGGAUAAAUCACAGACUAAUAUCAUCUGAAUGAUCCUAGGUAGAGAGUUUCAGAGUGGAUCCAAGAGGUAAUCAAAAUACCAAAAAGGUAAAGUUCAAAUUUUUUUUUUAUCAUGUACUGCUGACUUUAUAUAACAGGGUAUGCUAGUUUGAAAUCCCACUAGCUGAUAACCCUAGCUUGUUCAAGACCUUUAUGGCCUAAAUGUGGAACAUUGUAAGAUGAAGAAAAAGGAUUUUUGUGCAGUGCAACAAGAAAUAUAUUUUUUUCAAUUUACUUCCACUUGUGCCAAAGUUACAACUGAUAUUCUUGGGACAGGCUAAUGUGAGCCACAUAUAUCUCAUGGAAUAUAUGUGUAUUUUUGACUAUCCAGAUUCAAUAUGCAAGAUCAGAGACUCAUCUGAUAGAACAGCUUGAUAAUAUGUGUGAAAAAAUGAAUUCGUACGCUGAGUCGACAGAUCCCAACACUGGAAAGAAAUCAUACAUCAGAACCUCGUCACGAUCUGGUGAGGCAGUCACACUCAGUAAUGUGGCAAUCAGUGGUGACAUAGCUCAGAAGCUCAAACAUGCAGUAAGUUACACCUGUUCUUAUUACCUUGUGACAAAGAAUGGACAAUUAAACUUACACAAAUGCCUGCUGAAUGACCCAAUUCUGCCAACCAGAUCUUUCCCAUGCUACAUGCAGUGGAUAUUUCACUCUAGGCUAGAUUACCAAGGCUUUUUGUCUACUAUAGUUUUUCAAUAAAAAUAUGCACAAGGCAGUUUGGGUCAAAUAAUAAAUGGAUUGAUCCUUGCAGUUUGCUGGGUGUGUUACAUAUAAACCUGGCAAUAGCCUGGUCUAUCAUGGGGUUCUCUGUAGCUCAGUGAUUGAGCAUUAGAGUGGGGAAUCCAAAAGUCUGAGGUGUUAAUAUUGGUAAGGGACUCAAAAUUCCCCUUUGUCUUCUGCUCUUGACAAGGUGAAUAACACCUUUUAAUAUGUAUGAUACAGCAUGAUAUUUACCAUCUUUUUUUAAUUUAUUGUGGGAGAUGUGGGUGCCUCAUGGUCAGCAUAUUGGAUUCUGGGUUAAGAGGUGCAGGUCUGGAUGGGUCAUUGUGUUGUACUCUUUACACUGCUUCUCGCAACCCAGGACCUUCAUGAUAUGGAAACCACAAUAGGCUCCAGCUGGAUGGACCACUUGGAUUGAGUUUCUUUAUGUAUCAGCUCACAUUAUACGUGUAGCUCUUUUAAUUGUGCAUAUGAAACUGAAUGAUAUGUAGUCUAUAUGAUUUAUUUUCCAGUGUGAGAGUAUUAUAGAGGACUAUGAUGAUGAUAUUAUAGCAUCCUUCAAGACAGAGCGCAAGGAUCCAAAGAAAUAUAUGUGCCGCACAACCACUGGUAAGCAAUAUGACUUUUAUUAUUCUCUUUUCACAUUCAUACUGCUGCUGUCUUUGGUCAUUUCAUGAAUUUGGUCAGUUUUCAAUUCAAUUGUGCCAUAAAUUUAACUGGCAUUGCAAUUUAUUAUUUUUGUAAGGAACAGUUACAGAUUUACUAUUAAUAGGUAAUCCUAGUAAUUGUUAGUAAAGGCUAGGUCAAAAUUAACAAUUGGUUCAUAUGUCAGUGUGCGUUCAUUGAGAUAUGAAGCACGUGGGAAGUUUGAAGAGCUUGAAAGGUGCAUAAGAGUUGCGCAAGGCGUAGGCAAGAGCAACUCUAGCUUCUUGAGUGCUCUCCAAACUUCCCAAGUGCUUCAUAUCUCGAUGAAUGCACAGCUGACUUAUGAACCAAUUGCUUUAUAACAUUUUCAACCCAAGGAAAAUUUUUUUCUCAAGGGAUUUGUUUACUGACGUUAUGAGCGUUCACAAUAGGAAUAUGAAGCACACUCGCGCAAUUGAAUUUAAUUAUACAAAUUUACCAGCUAUGUUAUAAUGCUUGAUUUUCUUGCAGGUUUAUGCAUUGGUGAUGAUGACGAGUAUGAUGAUAGUGAUGAUGAAACUGAGAGUGACAAUGAGCCCACAGAAACUGAACAUGAUGAACUUUGACCAUAUUUUUACAAUUUAAUAGAAGAAAAUUACUUUUUGCACAUGGAGUUGUUAUGCAAAGUUAGUAGGUACUUGUCUGAAAAGUGUAUCAUUUAUGAAUUUUGCAAUAAAAUCA